AGGAAUAUGAAUGCAUUACGCAAUACAUAGGCGAGAGGGAUGUAAAUAUCUGAAAUCGACAUCGCUGUGGAUGCCAUUGCCUUGUAAAUGCGGAUUGUUUACAGCAGCCUGCGCAUCCUUUCCUCCCUCCCCCUUUCCUCUUUCCCGGAGCUUCGGAGCGCUGGUGGUGAGGCAGCGGCUGGAGCUGCUCCUGCUGACCGAAGAUAGCGCCUGCAGAGCCGGCCACGGCCGUCACAUCACCCCGGGCCCCUGGAGGGUGCGAGCCACAGCAAAGCAGGAAGCAAGCUUUUGAUACCACAUCUUUGUGCAGCAUCACCCUUCCGUGAACAAAGCGCACAGCCACUUCUGGAUUUUACUAAUCUUCACCUCCAGGUUUUUUCAAAGAGUUUGGAUGUGCAGUUUGACAUGAUAUGGCUGUUCUUAAACUAGUCGACCAGCCACCCCUUGUCCAAGCCAUCUUUAACGGAGACCCCGAUGAAAUUCGUGUCCUCAUAUGUAAAUCAGAAGAUGUCAAUGCACUGGACGCUGAGAAGCGAGCUCCCCUUCAUGCAGCAGCCUUCCUCGGCGAUGCUGAGAUCACAGAGCUCCUCAUUGUGUCAGGGGCACGGGUCAAUGCCAAAGACAACAUGUGGUUGACUCCACUCCACAGGGCAGUGGCAUCACGUAGUGAGGAUGCUGUUCGUGUACUGAUCCGACAUUCUGCUGAUGUUAACGCAAGGGAUAAGAACUGGCAGACUCCGCUGCAUGUCGCUGCCGCCAACAAGUCCCUGCGCUGUGCUGCGGUGAUCAUCCCGCUUCUGAGCAGCGUCAAUGUUUCAGAUCGCGGGGGACGCACCGCCCUGCAUCACGCUGCCCUUAAUGGACACACGGAGAUGGUUAGCCUUCUCCUGGCCAAGGGUGCCAACAUCAAUGCCUUUGACAAGAAAGACUGCCGUGCACUACACUGGGCAGCAUAUAUGGGUCACUUAGAUGUAGUGUGUUUACUAGUGAGUCAAGGGGCCGAGAUCAGCUGCAAGGACAAGAGGGGAUACACGCCUCUACACGCAGCUGCUUCCAAAGGUCAGAUCGCUGUGGUCAAACACCUGCUCAGCCUGGCCGUGGAGAUAGAUGAAGCCAAUGCCUUUGGGAACACAGCGCUGCAUGUGGCCUGUUUUAAUGGACAAGAUGCAGUGGUCAGUGAGCUGAUCGACUAUGGUGCUAAUGUCAGUUAUCCGAAUAACAAGGGCUUCACACCACUCCACUUUGCUGCUGCGUCCACUCAUGGCGCGCUGUGUCUGGAGUUCCUGGUCAACAGCGGAGCUGAUGUCAACGUCCAGAGUCGUGAUGGGAAAAGCCCUCUUCAUCUGACCGCAGUUCAUGGACGAUUCACACGCUCCCAGACACUCAUCCAAAAUGGUGGAGAGAUUGACUGUGUCGAUAAGGAUGGAAACACUCCACUGCAUGUCGCUGCUCGAUACGGCCAUGAACUUUUAAUAAACACUCUAAUCACGAGUGGAGCUGACUGCACCAGAAGAGGGGUGCAUGGCAUGUUUCCUUUGCAUCUGGCCGCUCUGAAUGCUCAUGCUGACUGCUGCCGGAAGCUUCUCUCCUCAGGCUUUCAAAUUGAUACACCAGACAACCUGGGAAGGACGUGUCUGCACGUCGCUGCUGCUGGCGGUAAUGUGGAAUGUGUGAAGCUAUUGCUCAGCAGUGGAGCCGAUCAUAACCGCAGGGACAAACAUGGAAGGACCCCUCUCCACUAUGCAGCAGCUAGCCAGCACUUUCAGUGUCUGGAGACGUUGGUGUCCUGCGGUACCUGCAUUAAUGCCACUGACCAGUGGGGGCGCUCUGCUGUGCACUACGCCGCUGCUUCGGACCUGGACAGGAGGCGGCGUGUGGUCCUGGAACCAGAGAGUGAUGGAGUUCAAGCCGAGAGGGAGAAGGAGGCAGCUCUGUGUCUUGAGUUCCUGUUGCAGCAUGGUGCCGCCCCAUCACUCCAAGAUAAACAAGAUUACAGUGCUGUUCAUUAUGCUGCAGCGUACGGCCACAGACACUGUCUGAAACUGCUUUUGGACAAAGAUGAGAACCGACAAGAUGAGAUAGAGAACAGCCAAACCAGGAGCCCGUUGCAUCUGGCCGCGUACCACGGUCAUGCACAGGCUCUAGAAGUGCUCUUGGAGGGUCACUGCGAGGUGGAUCAAGUGGAUGAGGUGGGCCGGACUCCAUUAGCUCUUGCUGCCUUCAGGGGCCACACUGACUGCGCUCUGACACUUCUGAACCAUGGGGCCUCGCCGAAAAGCAGAGAUACUAUCCGAGGACGUACACCUAUUCACCUUGCAGUAAUGAAUGGUCAUACAUCAUGUGUGCGCCUCCUGCUGGAAGACUCUGAUAAUGCAGAUCUGGUAGAUACAGCGGACUCUCAGGGACAGACCCCUCUAAUGCUGGCAGUAAUUGGGGGUCAUGUGGAUGCUGUGUCUCUUCUCCUGGAGCGUGAGGCCAGUGUGGACUUGGCUGAUCAUCAAGGUCUGACUGCGCUUCACCUGGGGCUCUUGUGUGGACAGGAGGAAUGUGUUCAGUCCUUGUUGGAGCUGGAGGCAUCCGUGCUGCAGGGGGACUCCAAGGGUCGGACAGCUAUCCACCUGGCUGCGGCGAGGGGUCACGCAUCCUGGUUGAGCGAAUUGCUCAAUAUUGCGUGUUCUGAACCCCCGAUACCCCUAUUCCGAGACAACCAGGGAUACACACCUUUACACUGGGCCUGUUACUAUGGUCAUGAGGGUUGCGUGGAGGUCCUACUCGAACAAAGAGAUUUUCGUCACUUUGAUGGGAACCCCUUCACCCCGCUGCACUGUGCUGUGGUCAAUGGCCAUGAGACCUGUGCCAGCCUUUUAUUAGAAGCCAUGGGAUCUAAGAUUAUAACUUGCAAAGACUCCAAGGGCAGGACGCCUCUCCACGCAGCUGCAUUCGCUGGCCACGUAGACUGUGUUCAGCUUCUCCUGGCCCAUAAUGCAUCUGUGGAUGAGGUUGACCAAUCAGGACGCAGUGCCCUGAUUAUGGCAGCAGAGAAAGGAAGGGUGGAGGUUGUAGAAGAUUUACUUACUGGUUCCAGCGUGAACCUCAGUCUGACUGACCAGAAGGGCAAUACAGCACUCCAUCUAGCCUGCAGUAAUGGAAUGGAGGAAUGUGCAUUGCUCAUUCUUGGCAAACUUCCAGACUCUGCCCUCGUUGCUACCAACGCUGCACUGCAAACACCUCUCCAUUUGGCUGCUCGGAGUGGGAUGAAGCAGACAGUGCAAGAGCUGCUCUCUCGUGGGGCCAGUGUUCAAGUACUUGAUGAGAAUGGUCUCACCCCUGCUCUGGCUUGCGCUCCCAGCAGGGAAGUGGCUGACUGUCUGGCUCUCAUUCUGGCUACCAUGAUGCCUUUCUGCUCCCCUUGCAGCUCUGGAGCUCCUUCCCCAGGUGCCCUGCUGAAAUCUCUGCCCCGCCAGGCCAAGAGCCCCCAAGACCCCCGCAGUCCACGAGACCCCUCCUGCCCCUCCAGCGAGGGCACGACCACUGAAAACGACUCGGACUCAGAGACAUUUUGACCCCGGCUCCUUCUAGAGGCUCUGGUGUUAGUUUUUAAAGGACAGAUCGUCAUGAACCUUGCAGAAGUUGUAUGGAUUUUUGAUUAUGGAAACAAGAGAUUAUAACAUAUAUAAGUCACGGUCCACUUUUGUUCUGCCACACUUGUUUGCACAGGAGAUUUCGUCGAAAGCCAUUUUAAUCACUUUUUAACACAGGCUGAUUGAUGAUGAUAGAUUGCUAAAUGUUGACUGACUUCUCACACUUGAAGGAUGAGAAUGUGAAGUGCGUUGCGUGGUGUGUCUUAGUCUGUGGACUUUUGAAAGCACAAACCAUGUGGAAGUUACACUCAUUUCACCCGUGUUGUCACUGUGGGACCAAACGAGAAAUCUAAUUUUUGGACCUACAGAGGAAUUGCCGUCACUGUUACCAAUCUCCCUUAGUAUUUAUUUGUAAGUAAACACUGGAAUACACUAUGCAACUUUUUCCUAAGUUUGUGCCCGGAUGGAUCAGUGCAGUUGCCAAAAGUCAGCCGUAUUGCAGAUUUGAUGCCUAACAUUUUUAAAAAUCUGUUCAGAUCUGUGAAAUUGUGUAGUGUAUUUCAGCCUUAAAGACAAGUUAGAUGAAAAGUACAUGAAACCCAGUGUAAUGUGAUGAAAAUCCAAUGCAAGUACUGCUUUUCCAGAUCGUACACCAGUUAAACUUCACACAUUGUAUGUGACACAUUGUGAAUAGAAGGCUUUUGAGAUUUAUAUUGUGAAAAGAGCAUUUUUAUCCCAUAGAUAUAAGUAGAUUUCUAGGCCUUGGUCUACUUACAUCUGACGCUUUUGGAGUGUGACACUUUUGUCACUAGGUUCCUUCUCAGAUAUAGAGACAUAGAGAGUGUUUAAAUAAUACAUAAAUAAUCAGGUUGAAUUUUAGAUUCUAGUGGCAUGUUAUGUUAUGUGAACCAGGAUGUUCUCAAGCCUGCACCGAUAUUUAUUAACCUUUAGAUAACAAUGGUACUACAAUUGUAUGCACUUAUGUAUAGGAGUAAAUGGGUGCUUAAAUUAAUAGUUCACACCUAAAUUAUAAUUCUGCCAUUGUUUCCUCAUGUCAUUGUUUUUGUGGAACACAAAAGUGAAAUUAUCUUAAUGUGGCUCUUUCAAUACACCAACAGUUCAUAGUGACGAUGUCUGUCAAGCUCCAAAAAUGACAAAGAAAUACCUCCAGAAGAGCUACCUACUCUAUUCCAAGUCUUCUGAAAUCAUACAAAUGCUUUGAAUGAGAAAGAGGCCAAAAUUAACACUUUAAUUCACUAAUAAUCUCUUCCUUCAGUGAGCUGUUGGUUCAAAUCAUCAAAAAGAACCAGUUCAAAAGAACAAUCUGUAACUGGACUCUGAACUCCAGAGACCAGCAGUCAAAAGCUCGCUGAAGGGGAGUUUAUCAGUCAAUAAGGACUUCAGUUUUAGUCUGUUCAUCACACAAAGCUAAUGUAUUGCGUCAAAAGACUUCUCCUUUUGUGUCCCAUGAACAGAAAAAACAACAUAAGGGGUGGGAAGUAACAUUAGAAGAAGUUAAUAAUGACAGAAUUGUGAGUUUGGGGUGAACUGUUCAUCUCAAAAAUGGAAUAUAAUAACAUUCCAUGUCUUCUUUUUUCUUUCCUUCUGAUUUUUUAUUUUUAUUUUUAUAAUUUGCACUUGUUGAAUAUCAAUCCUUUAAAAAAAAAAAGAUUUCUAAUUCAGAAAUACAUAUUGAAAAGAUAAAGAGUUUUUAGCUAAGAUGUUUUAAAAUCUUGCCUGUCAGAAACUUUCUAAAACCAAUUCAAAAUGGAAAUGUUUGUCUGUUUGCCUUUGUCCACAAUGUGCCAGUUUCUCCACCGUGUCCAGUGCCUUGUUCUGCAUUUUCAGAGUUGGGUUUAUGUUUGUAUGUAUGUAUUGGAGAGUAAUGAAAGUCUGAAGAGGUAAAGAUAAGUUUGGGUCACACCUGCCAAUUGUAAGCCAAUGUUCUUUUUUUACCAGGUCCUGAUGUUUGCGCCUAUGUGUGUGUGAUUUACAAUAGAAAACAGACUUUGUACCUAUCAGCUCAUGGACAUUAUCAUCACCAGAGCAAAUAUUGCACACAACUGUCUUAUAACAGCAGCACAUGGUUGAUUUUCUUUUCUUAAAUUAGAUGGUUUGUGAAUGGGAGGAUGCAGAGGAAUGAGUCAAACAGUAUUAUAACAGAAAAAAAAAAGCUUUGAAAUGUGUGACAAUCUAGAUUAUGGUUCCUUCAUUACAAUGUUAAAGGUUUUUGUCAGCUCAAGUUUCUUUUAUAUAAAUUGUUUGACUAUUAAAAUGUUUUAAGAAGA